CCUAUCUAAGUACAGCAGCAGCAGCAGCAGGAGGACCUACCCCCCCUCCCCUCCUCUCAGACCAGACAUAUCACAUUCCAUCUCCAUCUCCAUCUCCAUCUCCAUCUCCAUCUCCAUCAUUAUGUCCUCCUCAAUUCUCGACCACCCCCACCCCGCCUCCUUAACCCCCUUCCUCCACUGCUCCUCUCCGUCACUCCAAUCGCUCCUCCACCAUUCCGAUUACCUUCCCAUCCGCACCUACUCGCGCAUCCCCAAACCCUUUUCUGGCGAGGAUGGCUACUUCGCCAACACCUUAGCCACACCACUCACCAUCCCGCAUGUUCUGACCCUCCGUCGUCGUCCGCAUCUCCUCUCCGCUCUGCCCGCCGCUCCGCCCGUCUGGCCCGCCCCCACUGGCUCCCCGACCCCCGUCCACACCCCGGACCUGAUACUGCUGCUCGAUCUCGCAACCCCGGGAGUGUCGGGCCAUCCAUCCACCGCUCAUGGCGGGGUCAUUGCCACUGCCAUGGACGAGGCCAUGUCCUAUGCGGUGGCUCUGUAUGCGCCGGAGACGGGCCCGCGACUAGAAGGGGAAGAGGAGGAUGUCCCACCCACGCCGCGGGGAAUGCUCUAUACCGCCCAAUUGGACAUCCGCUACAAGAGUCCCGUCGUGGCGCCGGGAUACUUGAUCGUACAGGCCAAGGUUCUCGCCCGUGUCGGCCGCAAGUUCUGGGUGCGUGCGCAGGCGUUCCAGCCCGAAGACGGAAAGGCACACAUGCGGCUCACGACCGAUGCGAUGGCCUUUUGGGUGCAGACGGCGCCGUCGCUCUGAGAAACCUAAUAUCUUCUAUUGUUCUUCUAUUAUAUGUACAUAUUCAGAUCGAUCGGUAAAUAAGAGAUAGUC